AACAAAAUAUUAAAAUAUACUUAAAGUCCAUAGCACUACUUUUCUUGCCUUCUUGGUUGAAGGUUUAAUCCUAUUGAAAAAAUAGAUAAUAAUAGUGAAAUGAAAAUGAAGAUUAAUGUGUGAAUUGAAAGCAGGGAUGAGACAAAGAUCUGAUCCAAACAUCAUCUAAAUCCAAUCCUAUCGCAUUUGGGAAGCGCGCCGAGAAGAAAGUCUCAAUCUUGAAUUCAGUAGGAUCAUCAUCCUCAUUCCUAAGACUCAUUUCUUGUACGCAAUCUUCGACAAAUCGGAAAUAUGGCGCUUAAAGUCUAUGCAGAUCGAUUGUCACAGCCAUCUCGCGCCGUCCUCAUCUUCUGCAAGGUUAAUGGGAUUGCUUUUGAGGAGGUGAAGGUAGCCUUGUCCAAAUUCGAACACCUUACUCCUGAAUUCAAAGAGAUCAACCCAAUGGUAAAGGUUCCCGUCAUUGUUGAUGGAAGAUUUAAGCUGUUCGAGAGUCAUGCUAUUCUUAUCUACCUUUCUUGUGCGUUUCCUGGUGUGGCAGAUCACUGGUAUCCAUCUGAUCUUUUCAGGAGGGCUAAAAUACAUUCAGUAUUGGAUUGGCAUCAUUCUAAUUUACGUAGUGGUGCAGCUCCAUUAAUAUUCAAUACUGUUCUAGCACCUUUGUUCGGCCGUCCUCUGAAUCCUCAAGUAGCUGCUGAAGCUGAGAAGAUUUUAUUCAAGUCGCUUUCAAAAAUUGAGUCAUUUUGGCUGAAGGGGAAUGGGAAAUUUUUGCUAGGUGGCUUUAAACCAUCCAUAGCUGAUCUUAGCCUGGUUUGUGAAAUUAUGCAACUAGAGCUUUUGGACGAGAAGGAUCGGAGUCGUAUUCUGGGUCCACACCUGAAAGUGAGGGAGUGGGUUGAGAAUACUAGAAAUGCUACAAACCCACAUUUUGAUGAGUUUCAUAAGGUUCUUCUGAAGCUCAAGGAAACCCUCCAAAAGCAGCGCUCACUGAAAUUGACUUCAAAGAUUUGAAGUUUCUUUGACACCCAACCGUUGUUGGAUUUUAGACAGGUUGUCUCAUGAAAUUAGUUAAUUUGCGUAUAAGCUGACUCAGAUACUCACGGAUAUAAAAAAAAAAAACAAAAGUGAAGUUUUAGAUGUCUGCCUUGUUAAUGCAAUAGAAUAAAUGUCAUGAAAGGGAAGGUGUGAAGAAUGAGUAUCAAUGUAAGUAAUCCAUUGUGUGACUUUUGAUAUAUGGGUAAGAACUUGGUUUAUCCAAAAGUCCCACAAUUUCAUUCGUAGAUUA